GCCGCGGGAUCCGCCCCCGGGGCCUCCCACGCCGCGCCGCAGCCGGGGCCGCUGCUAUUUCACGGUACCGCCCGUGUGGGCGGCGCGCAGAAGCGGCGCUGGAGCGGCGGAGCGAACGUGCCCGGCCCGGCCGUGGGACCCCCGAGCCGCCCCGGACCCCCGGACGCAGCGGCCGGUUCGUCACCCUCGGAGCCCUCCCUCCGUCCUUCCCUCCCCCCGUCUCCCCGGGGUGUACGUCGGGCGCGCACGGGGCGGGCGCAGCGGCCGGAGGCGGCUCCAGCCGGCGGCCGUCCCGCCAUGGCCCUGCCCCGCACGCUGGGCGAGCUGCAGCUCUACCGGGUGCUGCAACGUGCCAACCUGCUGGGCUACUACGAGACCUUCAUCCAGCAAGGGGGGGACGACGUGCAGCAGCUCUGCGAGGCGGGUGAGGAGGAGUUCCUGGAGAUCAUGGCGCUGGUGGGCAUGGCCACCAAACCCCUCCACGUCCGCCGCCUCCAGAAGGCCCUGCGCGAGUGGGCAUCCAACCCCGGGCUCUUCAGCCAGCCCGUCUCGGCUGUGCCAGUCAGCAGCAUCCCCCUCUUCAAGCUGUCGGAGGCCGGCGGGCGCAAGGCGCUCAGCAACGGCCACGCCAGCCCCGGCGAGGCCGCCGGCAAAGGGGGCGGCAGCGCCGGGACCCCCCCAGCCCGCAGCCCCACCGAGCCGGGCGACAAACUGUCCCCGUCGGCGGCUCUGCUGUGGCCUGGGAGGAGCACCCCCGAGUCCGAGGGCGGCGGGGACGACGAGCCCGGGGGUCCCCCCUUCUCCCCGGGCGGGAGCGCGGGGGAGCAGCCGGCGGGCACCGAGGCGCUGGAGCCGGAGCUGGCGCGGACGGUGGCGGAGAGCGUGGAGAGGCUCCUGCAGAGCUACCCCCGGGGCGGCGAGGCCGAGCUGCGGGCGCUGAUGAAGCUCAACAAGAAGCUGGCCAAGGCCGUGGGGCACAUCUUCCAGCUGGAGGACGGCGACCGGCACAAGGAGGAGGAGAUCCGCCGGCACAGCGCGAUCUACGGCCGCGGCGAGGCCCGGCGGCGCGACGGCAAACAGCUCACCCUGCACGAGCUCAUCAUCAACGAGGCGGCCGCCCAGUUCUGCCUGCGGGACAACUCGCUGCUGCUGCGGCGCGUCGAGCUCUUCUCGCUGUCGCGGCAGGUUGCGCGGGAGAGCACCUACCUGUCCUCGCUCAAGGGCGCCAGGGCACAUCCCGAGGACAGCGGAGCCACCGCAGCCAAGCGCCUCAAGCAGGAGGUGGGGGAGCAGAGCCGCCCCGAGCUGCUGCCGCUGCCGGGGGCGCCGGACCCCACCGCGUACCGGGCUGCUCUGGAGGAGGACGCGGCGAGCCUGUCCGGGGAGAGCCUGGACGGCCACUUGCAGGUGGUGGGGGCCUGUCCCCGCCUCACCCCGCCGCCGGCCCCCGACGUGCCCCUCGGGCUCCCCCCGCACGGGCUCUGGAGCCGCCACAUCCUGCAGCAGACGCUGAUGGACGAGGGGCUGCGCCUGGCCCGUCUGGUCUCACACGAGCGCGUGGGGCGGCUCAGCCCCUGCCUGCCGGGGAAGCCCCCCGGACCAGAGUUUGAGGAUGGGCUGGCAGAACGGGGUCCUGCAGCCCCCCCGGACCCCCCCCACGCUACCAUCAAGGUGGAGCAGGAGACCAGCCGGCAGUGAGACCCCUGCAGCCCCCCCACCCCCCUUGCCCCCCAUCACCAUUAACGAAGCAAUAACGUGCUGGGGGGUGGGAGCCGGUGCUCGGGGUGCGGGGAGGGGGUGAAACCUUGGCCACAGCCCCCCCCCGGGCCCCCUCCCCUCCCGCACCCACCCUCCGGUUACCUCAGCCGCGGCGGGACGCACCUCCCCGCAGCAGCAAUACGACCCCCGUCCCAGCCAGGCUCUGGGCCCGCCCCCCCCGGGGGUUGGGGACCCCUCGAUGGACUCGAACUCACUGUACAGCCCCCUCCCCACCGUGCCCACCCCGGGCUGCCCGGCUCCAGCCCCCCUUCCCCCCCAAAAGCCAUGUCCUCAGCCCCCACGCACCCCCCAGCCCCCCCGGCACACGAGCCACGUGCAGCACCGCACCCCCCCGCAC